AUGUCACACACAAAGGUUAUGUACCAACGACCUAUGACUACCCGGGACGCAAUUUCGCUUCGAACCACUCGUCCCACGCCUCGAAAACCCAGGUCGAGUCGGUCCGAGAUUGAGGAGGCACAAGCACUCGUAGAGGAUGCAUUUGAAAUACUACAUUCACCUGCGUCUCAAGAAGCCGAUUCACUAGCAACGUACAGAAAAAAGUGGGACAUUCUACGUAUUACGCUGGAAACGACGUUGUACACUACACCCAUCAAUGGUUCAGCUUCCAAAUCCAACCGCUCGUUCGUCAAUGGUUCAUCCUCUGGUCCGAUCCCCCGCAGCCCAACCUCCCCUCGAUCAAAAUCGCCCCUGGACGAUCCGCUUUUGCUUUCUCCGCCCUCGCUUUUGGGAACUACACACUCGGUCGCUGAAGCUUUUUACACCGGCAUUAGAGCGUCCUAA